AUGUUAUUUUGGGAUUAUAAUAAUAAUAAUGAUAUUCUUAUCUUCUUAGUCAAUAUUUUAUCCUUUUCAUGCCUAUCUAUUCAUCCGUCAUAUUCAGAGAAAUGUUUUUGUUAUCUAAAUUCAACAACAUCUUCUGCGAAUACUACUCACAAAAGUAAUACAACAGAUGAAAAAACCCUACUGCACUGUUCAUUAUCUCCAUCCACAUUGAAUUAUUCCGAUGAAAUAUCCUGUCAACGGAUCAAUAAUUUUAUUCGUAUUGGUUCCUAUUCAUUAAAUAGUACAACAGAUAAGAAUUUAUUGAUUCAACCAUGGGCAUUUUCAAGUUUAUUUAUCAAUAAUUUAAUCGAUACACUACAAUUUGACAUUCACCUUAGUAGCAGUCAUCAAAUGAAUGCACUGAAUCUAGCCGGUAUGGAUAGCUUGACAAAUCUGUUAGCAAGAACAAGUUUAAUCCAAUGGGAUAGUUGUAGUUUUUUAGGCCUACCUAGUCUAUAUGAAGUCACACUGAAUUGUAAAGCUAAUUAUUCGGAAUACUUGACUUUUGGUCCACCAAUCUCUGUUAUUCGAUUUGUUGAUUGUGAAGGGGUACCAUUACAAUUUUAUUGUAUUAAAUGCUUACAAGAUUCGAAUGUUAAUGUGAUACGUAUACGGCCUGGACCACCGUUACGACAGCAUUUAGUUAAAUUUACCAGAUUUUCACUAGGGAAUAAUAAUAAUAUUAAUCAUAAUGUUAGUAAAACAAGUGUUCAUCAUUCAACAUUGGACACAUUGAAUCAUUUACCCCUUGACAGUUGUAUACAUGAUAUAUGCUCUGAUGAUAUGUUAUGCAGGAAUAAUUUACCUUUACAACAAGCUAAAGCAAAAAUUGGUCAACCAGAAACACCUACUAUUGAAAUUGUAACUAACAUGCAGACGACGACAGUAAGCCUGCAUUCAAAUGAAGCGGAUUUUCAAGGCAUCCAGUUGAGGAAUCCUGUCAUCAAUGAAUCCACGUCAACGCGUAGAAAUGCAACAUCGACCAAUGAGAUUCUAGUGCUUACUAAAUAUGGUAAUAGUAAAACAAGUCAUAGACAAAAAAUAUGGAUUGUUUCAGCUAUCAUUAUAUUGAUUAUAUUAUUUAUUAUUACUUUAGGCAUUUUAAUAGUGAUCAAUUAUCAACGGAAAUUAAAACAUAAAGUCAAAAGUACAAGGUCAAGUAAAUCUUUAGCCAAUCAUCAUAAUAACACAGCAAAUGGACGAACAAAAGCCACACUGGCACAACACGAUGCUCUUAUUCUUACUGAGGAUGGUAAUAGAAUUGAACUACCAGAAAUAGUAACAUAA